UGUACCUGCUUCUCUGAGUCCUCUCCCAUUUUGCAAUCCCACACAACUAACAAAGGACUCGUCUGGAUCACAGAAAGAGACAAACAACACCCGGCCUUACGUCACUGCUUGAGGAGAAUUUGUUUUAAAAGCGUUUUUAUUUGAAGCCGCUGCAAGAAAUCAUCCACUCCACGAUGGUGUCCACUGGAUUACAGAUGCUGGGCGCAGCUCUAGGGAUCCUGGGCUGGAUCGGCGCCAUCAUUGUGUGUGCUAUCCCCAUGUGGAAGGUCAGUGCUUUCAUCGGCAGCAACAUUGUGACCUCCCAAACCAUCUGGGAAGGUAUUUGGAUGAACUGCGUGGUCCAGAGCACGGGCCAGAUGCAGUGUAAGGUCUACGACUCCAUGCUGGCCCUCAGCUCUGACCUCCAAGCUGCCCGGGCCCUGACCAUCAUCUCCAUCGUGGUGGGCGUCCUGGCUAUCCUGCUCAGCGUAGCAGGGGGGCAAUGCACUAACUGUAUCGAGGAUACAUCCUCCAAGACCAAGGUGGGCAUUGUAGCUGGAGUUAUGUUCAUCUUAGCCGGAGUCCUGUGCCUCGUCCCCGUUUGCUGGGCGGCCUCCACCAUCAUCCAGGACUUCUACAACCCGCUGUUGGUCAGCUCCCAGAAGAGAGAGCUGGGCGCUGCGCUGUACAUCGGGUGGGGAGCGGCCGCCUUGAUGCUGAUCGGUGGGGGGAUGCUUUGCUGCAACUGCCCCCCUAAGGAUAAAAGCGCCUACACUGCAAAGUACAACGCUGCCAGAUCUGAAAUGUCAGCACCACCGUCCAGGAAAGACUUUGUCUGAAACAGAUCUGAAAGUCUGUAAAUAGAUCCACAAAGCCACGUUAACUGGGACCGGUGCACUGGUGCUACUGGGUUGUGUAUGUGUGUGUGUGUUGAUAUUCCAGGAUGUUACUUGAGCAAAAAGUAGUCCUGAGUUUAAUUCCUCAUGAGUCUUUGAUGGGAAUAAACAUAGAAAACAGAUCCACACCCAAAGAGUAAAUUCCAUUUGAUAUAUUAACAGUUAUUUGUAUGUGUGUGGUUGUUGGUAUAGAUAUUAGUCAUUUGUUUUCUGAGGUGUAUGAUGGGUUGUUUUUACAAACUAUGUGUAUACAAUUUGUGAUGUACUACUUAAACUGUAAAUAAAUAUUUUGUUUAAAAUUCA